UGUGGCCUCGCAAGAACAGCAACACAGCAUGCAGGUACAACUCAUAAAGCCUGAUCAGAGCAUCCAUCUCCUCUAUUACAGUGACUGUCUGCACUUGGACAAUGACGCCAACGCUCCUAUUGUGGCUCCUCAUCCUAAUUGCCUCGCUCAAGCCCUCAGAAAGCCACGGUCACGACUUUGAAGAUGUGAAGGACUAUGAGGUGGUUCGACCCGUCAGACUUCACACAGUUAGAAAGAGACAUGCAGAGCAUCUCAGGCCAGAGACUGUUAAGUAUGGAAUGACGGUGGGAGGACGAGACAUUGAAUUGCAACUCGAAAGAAAUAAGGAAUUACUCACCAAAGACUACACUGAGACUUACUACCAAGAAGAUGGGACUCGAGUCACCACUACUCCAAAUGACGUCGAUCACUGCUACUAUCAUGGCAGCAUUGUGAACGACAGCCAAUCAUCUGUCAGCAUCAGCACUUGUGAUGGACUCAGGGGUUACUUCAGAACGUCAGCCCAGAGGUACCUGAUUGAGCCCCUCUCUGGCGGCGAUGAGGGGGACCACGCAGUGAUGACUGUUGAUGACAAGAACUCCACACCUGCAGUGUGCGGCGUCACCAACACCAGCUGGAGUGACGACUUCGAACCCCCAACCAGCCGGAGCCGCUCCAGAUCAGCGGGUAUAUCUAUCGUCCAGAAACAGAAAUACCUUGAGCUCUACCUUGUUGCUGAUAACCGUGCGUACUUGAAGAUGAAGCGAGAUCCGACAGCGAUGAGAAACCGGAUAUUUGAAGUUGUCAACUUCGUCAAUAUGGCCUACAAGCCUCUGAGGACCUUCAUUGCUCUGGUGGGGCUGGAAAUCUGGUCCAGUCGUGACUUGAUCUCUGUGACCCACCCGGCCGGGGCCAACCUGGACGCUUUCAUGAAUUGGAGGAACUCUGAGCUGAUGAAGAGGAAAAAGCACGACAACGCACAUCUCAUCAGUGGUAUUGACUUUGAAGGAGCCACCGUGGGGCUGGCUUUCAUUGGGACUCUUUGCUCAGGUCACUCUGUUGGAGUCGUACAGGAUCACAAUGACCGGGCCAUUGCAGUGGGAGCAACUCUGGCCCAUGAGAUGGGCCAUAACCUGGGCAUGAACCACGAUGACUCCAGCGGCUGUGUUUGUUCUGGUGAUAGCUGCAUCAUGGCUGCAGCGCUCAGCUGGAAUAUUCCUCGGACCUUCAGCAGCUGCAGCACCAACUUCUAUGAGAAAUACUUGCUGAACCGCAGCCCGAGCUGCCUGCUGGACAAACCAGACUACAGCACGCUGGAGGCCCCGUCGUUCUGCGGCAACGGCUUCGUGGAGAAAGGAGAACAGUGUGACUGUGGCAGCUUGGAGGAGUGCACCAACCCGUGCUGCAACGCCACCAGCUGCACACUGAAGGAGGGCUCACAGUGUGCUGAGGGAGAGUGCUGCGAAGACUGUAAGAUCUCGCCUCGGUCCAGGGAGUGCCGCCGGCGGCAGGAUGAAUGUGACCUGGCAGAGUUCUGUGACGGGAAGAGCACCACCUGUCCCGAGGACGUGUUUACUGUGAAUGGCGUCCCAUGUGAUGGAGGUCUGGGGUACUGCUACAACGGCCAGUGUCCACAGAGGCCAAACCAGUGUGUCAAACUGUAUGGACCUACUGCUUCAGAGGCCACUCCGUCCUGCUACAACCAGAACACCAGAGGAACCUACUACGCCUUCUGCCGACGUCCCGAUGAAAACAAGUUCAUCCCCUGUCAGCAAGAAGACGUGUUUUGUGGGAAGCUCUUCUGCCAAGGCGGUAAUGACAACCCAAACUACGGCCGCAUGGUCAGAGUAGGCACCUGCAAGGCCGCCUUCUUUGGAGACUACACCAAAGACUACGGCCAGGUGGACACCGGCACUAAAUGUGGGGAUGGAAAGGUGUGCAGCCAGAAUGAGUGCAUGGAGCUUCAGACAGCGUACAGAAACACAAACUGUUCAGCAAAAUGCAGCGGCAACGCUGUAUGUAAUCACAGAAGUGAGUGCCAGUGUGAGCCUGGCUGGAUGCCUCCUCGCUGCAACUCCAAGGACGCGUCUUUGAGUCCUCUUUCUACCGGAGCAACUAUUGCCAUCGCAGUAACUGUUAUACUAGUGGUUUUAGGUAUCAUAGCUGGUGUGGUCGGAUUCAUCUGUAAAAAACGACAAAGUCCCACGUUGCCAACUGCACUCAGCCACAGGAAGCCGCCAGCACGGCCAGUUCUUUCUCACCCCAAGCCAGUGCAGGCUGGAAGGCCAAAACCCAAAGGAGCUCCACCUCCACCCCCUCCAGCAGGGAACAGACCUAAACCCCCGAACAAGAACUACACGGCUGCUCGCCAGGCUCUGAGACCAGUUCCUCCACCAAAGGUCUGAUGUCUAAACCUGGGGAGACUCACCUCUGUCUGUUGUCCCUACCGGGAGGCUGCUGGUAAUCCAGACAAGUUUUUAUUAAAGGUGUCACUGUGGCUGUUUCCUCUGCAGCUGUUUCACUGCAGUGCUGUCGGGAGCCCGAUGGAGUGAUUGUACCGGUGACGUGCAGCGUGCACAACGGACAAAAUGGACUUUAAACUGUUACUGGCAUGCUAUGCACUGAGGACUUGUUAUUACAGGGAUGAAUUUUUGCUUUUUUAAGGCACUUUUUUAUACUCUAGGGUUAGCGUUAGCACAGCUAGGCCCUGAAUGUGAGCCGUCGUUUUAUACAAGUUGUGUUAUUUUGUCACAAUAAUGGUACAGAAUAUUGAGUUUAACUUAAAUUGGAUUUAAUUGUCAAACAGUUGUUUUCAUAUUUUGUGUUUGUCUUUGAUUAACUUGGUGUAACAUGUCAGACACUCUGGUGCAAUCUGAUAGAAACUCAAAGAAUUCAGAUGAGAACAAACAGUGAUAAUGAGGACUGUAUUUAUCCUGCCACUCUAACGUCCUGUGAUAUGCUCCAUGUCAGCAGUUUUAGUUAAAUCUCAAGCAAUGCUUUC